AUGGACCAUGGAACCUGCUUUAUCGAGAUGCUCUCUGUCAGAUUAAUGAUAGCAAUUGAUAACCAUGGAACCUGCUCUGUCGAGAUGCUCUCGGUCGGAUUAAUGAUAGCAAUUGAUGACCAUGGAACCUGCUCUGUCGAGAUGCUCUCGGUCGGAUUAAUGAUAGCAAUUGAUGACCAUGGAACCUGCUCUGCCCAGAUGCUCUAUGUCAAAUUAAUAAUAGCAAUUGAUGACCAUGGACCCUGCUCUGUCGAGAUGGUCUAUGUCAAAUUAAUGAUAGCAAGAAUCCGAGUCUUUAUGGAACCAAUCUCUUCUACCACUCAUAUCAAUGCUAUUUUCUCUAUUUUAGUGUAUGUUCUGUGGGUCUAUUUUGUUGGAACUGCCAAGUCUCAUGGUGGUCACUUGCGUUUGUCAGUUGUAUGGGUCUAUCUUGUUGGAGCUGCAGAGUCUGUUAGUGAUCAUGGUAAAAUUUGGUGA